AUGGCCUCCUCCCCGACGUCCGAAGUGCAGCGCUUCUUUGCCUUUCCUCCGGGUACUAACAGCGCGACCGCGGCAGACGACAUUGAGGCCUACGGAGAAAAUGUGGCGAUCAUAAACGAGUGGCAACGCCGCCACUUUCAGCCUCGGAUCGACAGGUUGAAGCCUCCCACGGACGGUGCUUGGAUAAUCGACCGCUACUUUGCACGAGAAGUCCUUUGUCUAUCGCGUGACUGGUAUCUCUUUGACUGCGUCGUCUGCGAAGACGAACUCCCGCCUUUGACGCAGGAAGCCUUCGAGGAGAGGGGCCGUUCGCUCCUCGAGAAGCUGGGCGAAUACUGGAAGCGGUACUCGCGUGGCAUGGAGACAUGGAGGACGAGAUGGACUUUUGAUUUCACUGUCGACGACGAGACCGAACAUAAACUGAGGAUGUGGUGUCUUGUCGAGAGGCUAGACAUGUAUCAGUUGAAGAAGAUCCUCACGGACGAGGAAGAGACUAGCCUGUGGCGCGUUUUUCGCAUGGGUUUGUUCCACUGCGUUCAGGGAAGAUGGCCCUCGAGAUAUUUCCGAGAAAUGCAACAUUGGGAAUAUCGUUUUCUCGCCAUGUCCCGGUGUUUGUGGCCCGAUAUGCUCCACCUCGGGUACAUCGGGGAUCCAGUGACGCUAGGCGGUGCGAUGGCCUGCUAUAACAUGAAUCAGUACAAGAUGGAUGACUCUCACCAACGCCUCGCGUACUACGCAGACAAUGUGUCGAACAUCUUCCAGUUCGUCAACAAGCACGCAUGGGAGCCUGUCGAAGCCAAAGCGUCACAGGCGAUUAGCGCCUUCCUGAUCUACACUACAGAGAGCCAAGUAGAGUGA